GGUGGGCAUGAUUCUCGAGAAAGCCAAGGAAGAGGGAACCAGCUCUUGAGAACCAGCUCUAUACCAGUAGCUACCAGCCUGUGUUCUUGAGAAUCAUCUGGGUUAUCUGCUAAAAAUAGAUUCCUGAACUAUUCAUUCCUUGGAGAUUCUGAGUGGUGUAUGUUUUGUGUGAAACUGUUUUAUAACCCACAAAAAGAGAAGAAAUACUGCAGUGAAUGAAGAUUCCUCUGCAUUUUAGCAUUGCUUUUUCUACUCUAGUUGGCUUUUGAAUGAGGAUGACAAUGGAAGAGAUGAAGAAUGAAGCUGAGACCACUUCUAUGGUUUCUAUGCCCCUCUAUGCAGUUAUGUAUCCUGUGUUCAAUGAGCUAGAAAGAGUAAAUUUGUCUGCAGCUCAGACACUGAGAGCCGCUUUCAUUAAGGCUGAAAAAGAAAAUCCAGGUCUCACACAAGACAUCAUUAUGAAAAUUUUAGAGAAAAAAAGUGUAGAAGUUAACUUCACGGAGUCCCUUCUUCGAAUGGCAGCUGAUGAUGUAGAAGAGUAUAUGAUUGAACGACCAGAGCCAGAAUUCCAGGACCUAAAUGAAAAGGCACGAGCACUUAAACAGAUUCUCAGUAAGAUCCCUGAUGAGAUCAAUGACAGAGUGAGAUUUCUGCAGACAAUCAAGGAUAUAGCUAGUGCAAUAAAAGAACUUCUUGAUACAGUGAAUAAUGUCUUCAAGAAAUAUCAAUACCAGAACCGCAGGGCACUUGAACACCAAAAGAAAGAAUUUGUAAAGUACUCCAAAAGUUUCAGUGAUACCCUGAAAACAUAUUUUAAAGAUGGCAAGGCAAUAAAUGUGUUCAUAAGUGCCAACCGACUAAUUCAUCAAACCAACUUGAUACUUCAGACCUUCAAAACUGUGGCCUGAAAGUUGUAUAUGUUAAGAGAUGUACUUCUCAGUGGCAGUCUUGAACUGCCUUUAUCUGUAAAUUUUAAAGUUUGACUGUAUAAAUUAUCAGUCCCUCCUGAAGGGAUCUAAUCCAGGAUGUUGAAUGGGAUUAUUGCCAUCUUACACCAUAUUUUUGUAAAAUGUAGCUUAAUCAUAAUCUCACACUGAAGAUUUUGCAUCACUUUUGCUAUUAUCAUUCUUUUAAGAAUUAUAAGCCAAAAGAAUUUACGCCUUAAUGUGUCAUUAUAUAACAUUCCUUAAAAGAAUUGUAAAUAUUGGUGUUUGUUUCUGACAUUUUAACUUGAAAGCGAUAUGCUGCAAGAUAAUGUAUUUAACAAUAUUUGGUGGCAAAUAUUCAAUAAAUAGUUUACAUCUGUUAAACAUUUCUUUACUUGAAAAAAGAUGCAUAUAUAUAUGUGUGUGUAUAUAUAUGAUCAGAAGACCAAGACAACUUGGUAUAAUAUCUAAAGAACUUCUAAUGGGAACUUUUAGCAGUUUAUCAAAUAAUAAAGCAACAAGAAUUCCUAUUUUUUGUCCUUAAUCACUUUGGGCAAAAAGUAGUCAAAGAAAAUAUUUUCUUAGUUAUUACAUAGGGGAUGCUGAAUAUUUUUUCAUUAUUUCCAGUCUGUUUUAAGAGACUUCUGAAAGAGAGAGAAAGAGAGAGAGCGUGCAGUUUAUAGUAUCUUCACACUAUAAUGCCACUUUUUGAACCAUGUAACUAUAGAUUUUACUCUGAGAAAUUAAGUAUUUCUGGUAUGCUGAGCUCUAGUAAGCUUUGCAUAUCUCUUUUUCAAAUAUAGCCACAAUUAAUAAUAAUUUAAAACUAUACCAGUAGUUGGUUUGAAAUUGUCUUGAGUGUUACUAUUAUACACUCUUUAAAUAUGUACAGUUUGUUUUACCAUAGAGAAGUUUUAAGGAAAUGUAUUAAGUAUUCAUGUUAAGU